AUGUCACACAGUGCUUUCUUCUGUCUGUGUAUGUUCAUCACAAAAUAUGUUUUGAGUGAUAAUUCAGAUGAACUGAAGACAGUUUUGGAGGGAGAUUCUGUCACUCUACACACUAAUAUUACUGAAGUACAGAGAGAUGAUCUGAUACUGUGGAGGUUUGGACCUCGAAACACUCGAAUAGCUGAAAUCAUUAAAAGGGACCAAAUAAACUUUAUUUCGGUCAGUAAUGAUGAAAUAUUCAGAGAUAAACUGCAACUGAACAAUCAGACUGGAUCUCUCACCAUCAAGAACAUCACAAUCACUCAUACUGGACUUUAUCAGCUUGAGAUGAUCCGCAGUGGAGGAACUUCAGUGAAGAGAUUCAGUGUUACUGUAUACGCUCGUCUUCCCGUUCCCAUCAUCACCGGAGUCUCUUCUCAAUGUUCUUCAUCAUCUGAAAGUUCAUCUAAAUGUGUGUUGGUGUGUUCAGUGGUGAAUGUGACACAUGUGACUCUCUCCUGGUACAAAGGAAACAGUUUAUUGUCCUCCAUCAGUGUGUCUGAUCUCAACAGUCUCUCUCUACCUCUGGAGGUGGAAUAUCAGGAGAACAACAUCUACAGCUGUGUGAUCAACAAUCCCAUCAGAAACCAGACUAAACAUCUCAACAUUAAUGAAGUCUGUCAGAUGUGUUCAGAUUCACUGCCGUCCACUGGGGGAGGGGCGAGCUGGUGUUUGCCAGAGGACGGAGGAGCAGUUGAGGACCAGGCGACAACUGCAAUGCUGUUGGCUCUCAAAUGGGUAGGUGAUAUACAGGCGCUGUUGGUUGAAAGUUCAUGGCUGGAAUUCGGUCAGGGGCUUUCAAAUGCCACCAUCAAACACAAAAAAGGCUAUGUGCCUAAGGUGCUUCCCAUGCCCUUCAGGGCUCAGAUAGUGCACCUACAAGCUUUCACUUCACCACGUCUAUUUCGGAUGAGGAGCAGUUAG